AUGGACAGGAUCACGGACCGCAUCGCCGCUCUGCCGGCUGAUGGCAGCUACUUCUCUCUCGAGUUCUUCCCUCCCAAGACCGCCAUGGGUUUCUCCAACCUUCGAGAUCGUCUUCAUCGUAUGGAGCGAGCCCUGCGACCGCUUUUUGUCAACGUAACUUGGGGCGCCGGCGGCAGCACCUCUCAGAAGUCGCUGGAGCUGGCUGAGUUAUGUCAGAGGGAGCUAGGGCUUACAACAUGUCUGCACUUGACAUGCACCAACAUGAGCAGGAAGCUCAUCGACAAGGCGCUGGAGGAUGCAAAGGCAUUGGGAAUCAGGAACAUUCUGGCUCUACGGGGAGACCCUCCUCGAAGGGAAGAAUAUCGCGACCCAGACGACUCAGAGGAUGACGGUGGCCAGGACUUCAAUUGGGCGGCUGACUUGGUCAAGUACAUCCGCAAGACCCAUGGCGACUACUUCUGUAUCGGUGUUGCAGCAUACCCCGAGGGACACGCAGAAGAGAGUCACCCCCUGGGUCAGAGCUUGGAGCAUGAUCUUCCUUACCUUGUCCAAAAGGUUGAAGCCGGCGCCGAUUUUAUCAUGACCCAGCUUUUCUUCGAUAUCAAGGCUUACGAGCACUUCGAGAACACCCUCCGCGACCACCCCAGCGGUGCCUUCAAGACCUUGCCUAUUAUCCCUGGCCUCAUGCCGAUUCAGAGCUACCAGAUGAUCAAGCGCACAACGAAACUAAGCCACGCCCAGAUCCCCGAUGAUAUCCUCGACCGUCUUAAUGCCGUCAAGGGAGAUGAUGAACGGGUCAAGAUGGUCGGUGUGGAUAUUGUUAGUGAGCUCGUGGAGAAGGUCAAGGAUAUCAAGAGCAAGACGCCAGGUCCCAAGGGCUUCCACUUUUACACGCUCAAUCUUGAAAAGGCCGUGUCCUUUAUCCUCGAGCGAACAAAUCUCAUCCCUGAGCCUCCGGAGGAUGAGGAAGCGCUUGUGGUUGACGAAGCUAUUCCCAUCCCCGCCCUCCAGGUCAACGGCAGCUCCAACCUACGCUCUGGAAGCCACUCUCGUUCUCGGGCCUCGAGGCGACACUCAUCAGUCGGCUCAGAUCCUCACAACCGAGUCAUUGUGGGUGACCGACCAGCCACACACCCCGAGUGGGAGGCCACUGGACAAGAGGCCGGCGUGCGAGCCGAAGCCAUCAACACCCGCGCCAACACUCUGGCCAUCUCGGAGGGCGAAGGCGUUCUAGGCCGUGAGGCCACGUGGGAUGACUUCCCCAACGGUCGUUUCGGUGACGCCCGUUCUCCGGCUUAUGGUGAGAUUGACGGCUACGGUGUAAGCCUCCACAUGUCCAUCACGCAGGCAGUCAAGCUCUGGGGCCACCCCAAGACACGGCAAGAUAUCAACGACCUCUUCGUCAAGCACAUUCAGGGCCAGCUUUCAGCCAUUCCCUGGAGCGAGGAGGAGCUGCUCGCAGAGAGUUCAACGAUCCAGCCCCAUCUCCUGCGGCUUAACCAAAAGGGCUGGUGGACUGUCGCCUCGCAGCCCGCCGUCAAUGGCCUCCGGUCCAGCGAUGGCACAUUUGGCUGGGGCCCACCCAACGGCUUCGUGUUCCAGAAGUCAUUUGUUGAGUUCUUCAUCCCGGCAUCUGAAUGGAGCGUGCUCAAGGAGAAGCUCAACUCAUCAGAGCUAUGCGACUCGGUGUGCUUCUACGCCGGCAACGCAAAGGGAGACUUUGUGUCGUCGGACAAUGGCGGUCACGUGGACGGGUCCUCGGGGGCGGGACCGAGCACCAACGCGGUGACCUGGGGUGUGUUCCCGGGCAAGGAGAUCAUCACGCCGACGAUUAUCGAGGAGGUGAGUUUCCGAGCUUGGUGCGAGGAGGCGUUUGGCAUCUGGGGGGAGUGGGCCAAGGUGUACGGACGGGGGUCGGACAGCGAGAAGCUCCUGAGCGGCAUCAAGGACGAGUACUGGCUGGUUAACCUGAUUCAUCACGACUUUGUGGAGAAGGAUGCUCUAUGGCAGGUCCUUUCUAGUUGA